AUGGGGUGUGGUAUGAGUACGGAAGACAAGGAGGGCAAGGCCCGGAACGAGGAGAUCGAUAAUCAGUUGAAGCGGGAUAAACUGAUGCAGAGGAACGAAAUCAAAAUGCUCUUACUUGGCGCGGGCGAAUCCGGCAAAUCGACCAUUUUGAAACAGAUGAAACUUAUCCAUGAGGGUUCUUAUUCCCGAGAUGAAAGAGAGUCUUCAAAGAAAUCAUUUUCAGCAACACUGUCCAAUCAAUGCGUCAUUCUUCCUUACCAUUCCGGUAGCUACUUCGAUUCUAUUGGGCGCAUUAUGCAACCAGACUAUCUACCAAGUGAUCAAGACGUCCUGAGAUCUCGUGUCAAGACAACUGGUAUUACCGAAACGACUUUCAUUAUCGGCGACCUUACUUAUCGGAUGUUCGAUGUCGGAGGCCAGCGGUCAGAACGGAAGAAAUGGAUCCAUUGUUUCGAGAACGUGACAACAAUCCUGUUCCUUGUCGCUAUAUCGGAAUAUGACCAAUUGCUAUUUGAAGAUGAAACGGUCAACCGUAUGCAAGAAGCACUCACCCUAUUCGACUCCAUUUGUAAUUCUCGAUGGUUCACCAAGACCUCUAUUAUUUUGUUUUUGAACAAAAUCGAUCGAUUCAAGGAGAAGCUUCCAGUCAGCCCCAUGAAAAACUACUUCCCUGAUUAUGAGGGAGGUCCUGAUUAUGCUGCCGCUUGCGACUACAUCCUUAACCGAUUUGUCUCCCUGAACCAAGCCGAACAGAAACAAAUUUACACACACUUUACAUGUGCUACCGACACAACGCAAAUCCGGUUUGUCAUGGCUGCAGUUAAUGAUAUCAUCAUUCAAGAGAACCUUCGACUAUGUGGCUUAAUAUAG